AUGACAGAUGGAGAAACCGACGAGGAGGCGAAUCUGACAUUAAACGAUCUAGCGAAUUCUUCAUUUAGAUCAAAAUUAUCAUCCCCCUUAGCAGAAGCAAUCAGACCCACCAGCCUCAAAGAUUACAUUGGCCAAUCCCAUCUAGUUGAUCCCCGAAAUGGACUAAUUACAAACUUCAUCAGAUUGGGCUACUUGCCAUCGAUGAUCCUCUAUGGACCACCAGGUGUGGGCAAGACCACAUUAGCAUCUAUAUUGGCACAUGAAUGUGGAUAUGCAUUUAUAGAAUUGUCAGCCACCAAUGCGACCGUGGGUGAUUUACGAGAAUUACUGAGUUCAAUUAUACAAGAGAAUAAGAAACGAGAAUAUGAAAACGUGGGACGAUUGAAGAUUGUGGUUUUCAUUGAUGAGAUUCAUCGAUUUACGAAAAUUCAUCAGGAUUUCUUGUUGCCUUUUGUUGAGAAUGGGAAUUUUGUCUUUAUUGGAGCAACCACGGUUUCAUUGAAUAAAAGAAUACGAAAGGCGAUUUUGUCUCGAUGUCAAUUGUUUGAAUUAUAUCCUUUAUCGAGCCGUGAUAUGAUUGAGAUUGCCAAGCUGGCAGCCAAUUUUCAGAAUUUGAAACGGAAAUAUAUUCAUGGUCAGGGUAGGAUAGAAUAUACUAGUGAUGUGUAUCAAUUGUUGGUGAAUAGAGCCAAUGGAGAUUCAAGAUCAGUGAUAAAUAUGGUUGAAUUGAUUAGUUCGAAAUAUCAGUCUAAACAAGACAUAAUAAUUCCUGUUAUUAAGGAUGUUGAAAUGUUCGUUAAGAAUGUGCGUGAUUCUAGUUCGAAUAUGAGUGGGGUUAACUAUAAAAUACUAAAGAGAAUGAUGACAUCUAUUAGGCAUGGUUCAAGGACACCAAUUGCUCCAGAUAGUCCCUUAGAGUAUCUUUAUGAUGACUUUAAGAGUAGAUCAUUGGACGAUGAAGAACUUAAUUCGGAAUAUUUACAUCAAAUGCAAGUGUCAGAUGACAGCGAUGUCGAACCUGGGAAUAUUUACAGUGACACUGAAGCCAAUGAACUCUCAUUGGACACGAGCAAGCUAUCCCGUGGGCAGUUUUUCAGAUUUGCAGCAGUAUUUUAUCUCAGCUUGUUGCUUGAAAGAGGUGAAUCACCAAUUAAUAUUGGAAAAGAAUUGAUUAAUUAUUCUAUGAUGAAUUUGAAGAUUGAUACGAAGACAAUGCCGAAAUUGAUGUCGUUUUUUAAGUAUACUAAACAUGCAAAUAUCGUAUUGGAUAAUGUGAAGAUAGUACUUACUAAUUGUGUUGAAUGGAUCAUGUCGCAACCAAAAAGCAGAUCCCAUUCUAGCGUACUUGCCAACCAAUUACAUAUAUUGAAAGCUUAUCAUGAAGUAAUGAUGAAGGAGAAAGAAGUGGAAAUAAGUGGUUGUUCGCUUGAUGACGACUUUUCAGUAUCAUUUGAUCCAAUUGAUAUUGAACAAGUUGAGACUAUGCCAAUAUUUGAGAAAUCUACAAUUGAUCAGAAUGCUGGAUUUGAAGUUACUUACGUCAGUGAUGAUGAUGAAUUGAAUAUUGGAGAUCCAGAACCAAUUGGUUAA